CAACCCUCCAUUAUCGGAAGUGACGCGGGCGUUCCGCCAUGGCGGCUGUCAUACGGCUCCGCUGUACAGCCGUGACCGGGAUGUGACUGAAAGCGUUAGCGGAAAGUAAUUCCCUUUCCCCAAUACCCAUUGGAACUAAAAUCUUCACUUUUCUUUGACUUCCGUUAAACCUGGUAAAAGACUAACACAGAAGAAAAAAACGCCUGUUCUUCUGCAGCGUGAUACCGGCACCGGAAGCUCCCGCACCGGUUCCAUCAAGAGGAAGCUUCCCCCGUCCCUUCUCUUGUUACCUGAAGCUUCCCCGGGAUGAUGCGGGCUCCGGGGCUGCUUGGGCUGCGAGGUUUCGUAGCGUUCGCGGUCAAACUGUGGAGCUUCGUUUUGUACUUGCUGAGGAAGCAGGUCCGCACUGUUAUCCAGUACCAGACUGUGAGAUAUGAUAUUCUUCCUAUCUCUCCAACGUCUAGGAACAGACUCAGUCAGGUAAAAAGGAAAGUCCUUGUACUGGAUUUGGAUGAAACGCUCAUCCACUCUCAUCAUGAUGGUGUCUUGCGACCAACAGUACGACCAGGAACUCCACCUGACUUUAUACUUAAAGUUAGUCGAUCUGCCAGCCCCCCACCACAGCUGCUGGUUGUUAUAGAUAAACAUCCUGUGCGAUUCUUUGUACAUAAACGACCGCAUGUGGAUUUCUUCCUUGAAGUGGUCAGCCAGUGGUACGAGCUGGUGGUAUUCACAGCCAGUAUGGAGAUAUAUGGCUCCGCUGUGGCUGAUAAACUAGAUAACAACAGAGGUAUCUUGAGAAGGCGCUACUACAGACAGCACUGCACCUUGGAGUUAGGAAGUUACAUUAAGGAUCUCUCAGUGGUGCAUAAUGAUCUCUCCAGUGUGGUGAUUUUGGAUAAUUCACCAGGCGCCUACAGGAGUCACCCAGAUAAUGCUAUUCCAAUAAAGUCUUGGUUCAGUGAUCCGAGUGACACCGCCCUUCUAAAUCUUCUACCAAUGCUGGAUGCACUGAGGUUCACUGCAGAUGUCCGCUCCGUUUUGAGCCGCAAUCUUCACCAGCACAGACUGUGGUGACAGUGACCCCCGCCGCCCCACCUCCUGGAUACUCCCUGCCCCAUCAUCACCAACCCUCCUCUGCCUUAUCCCCCCUCCUCAUCUGCAGAAAGAGACUGUACCCCUCAAAAGGGGAGGAGGAUCCAGAACUCCCCCCUUUCUACCUCUAGGACACUCAAUGUGGGGGGAGGGUGAUGACCAUGGACUCUAAAUCCCACCCCUCUUUUAUGGGGCUGGCGGUUGUUUCGAGGGGCUUGAGGGGGGAGGGGGGGUCUGGUUUUUAAUUGUAGACUUUCUUGUAUAAAGAGAAUUAUUUCAAGUUA